AUGGAGUUAGCGAACCUUGCAAAUUCGACCGGUUUCGAACGCCAUUUGGAUAUCAGCACCCGUAUUCAAGCUAUUCAAAAGAACUGGUUCAUUCAAAACGGCUCUCAUGACGGGGACAUUCUCCCCCCUUCGCUCCUUGCUGGGGUACCAGUCAACUGUCUCCCAGCAAGAAUUCUCGAAGCUGUCCAUGAGCUUUCCACACUAACGAUCGGCCAACGAGAUCGUGCGCAUAGCCUUUUGAAUACCUACUUCCAGGCGCGCAUCCGCGAAGGAUCACACAGCGGCAAGAGUAAAAACAUCUUUGCUAUACUGGAGGUUGGCGAUGCAGAAAAAGCUUGUGAGAGUUUAAGGAGAAUGAGUCGAGGCCGCGAGAUGCAAGGCCCUGUUCCAGUCAAGGAAGAGGAGGCAAGGAAGAGGAAAUACUCGAUUAGACACGAGAUGGAUACUAGCAAUAGGGACGAUGACAAACACUCUGAAAAGUUAGCAAAACGUUUCAAGGAAGAGCUUAAUAUCGUUCCAGAAAACGACAAUGAGCCCGUCACACCACUCUCCAUCAACUUCCCUGAAUUACUCACGCCCCCAGAUUCGCGAAAAACUAUAACCCCCUCAACGAUCCCAAACACUCCCCGAACCCAACGCCGCGCCCGUCUUCCCCCAAUUCGCACAACUCAAAUAAAUACUCCUACGCCGACUUCUUCUCAAAAUGUUUCCUUUACCCCACUCUUCAACAGUUUGAAACAAGAGUUCGGCGAUCCAGAUACACCGUGUCCGAACCGACCGAGUACAUACCAACAGUUUGACAAUAGCAGCGUAUGGGACAACUUCAUGGGAGGCAAGUACGAAGCACCUAGAAUAAUAGAUCCUCGGAUACAGGCAGCGCAAAGAGCGACACACGAGUUCAAUGUACGAAGAAUAGAAGUGAUUGAGGCACAGAGGGCAUUUGAGGAGGCGAGGAGACGGUUUGGUGAGGCGAAGAGGAGGAUGGAUGGGGCGAGGGGGAGGUGUGGGUGGCGGUGA